CCCGAGCGGCGCGGCCGCCGCUCCCGGUCCCGGUCCCGCGAGCGCGGCGGCCCCAAGCGCGCGGGCCCGCGGCGGAGCCGCAGCUGGUCGCGCUCCCGCGAGCGCAGCCCCGGCGGGCCGCGCGCCGCCGCCCACCACGGCCACCACCACGGCGGCAAGGCCUGGCCCGACUACUACGAGAAGGAGAAGGAGGAGAUCCUGCGGCAGAGGAGGCUGAACGAGAGGGAGAGGAUCGGAGAGCUCGGGGCGCCCGAGGUCUGGGGGCUCUCGCCAAAGGUUCCUGACCCGGAUUCUGAUGAACAUACUCCUGUAGAAGAUGAAGAGGCAAAAUCUAAGAGUAGUUCUUCGGAUUCCAGUUCAGAAGAAGAGAAAAAGAAGAAGAAGAAGAAAAGAAAGAAGAAAAAGCAAAAGGCAUCCAAAAGAAAACGCAGAAAACAUUCUGAGGACAGUGACAGUGAGUCGGAGUCAGACUCUAGUGAAGAAGAUAAGAAGAAAAGCAAAAAGAAGAAAAGGAAGCACAGAAAAAAGAAGUAUAAGAAAAAGAAAAAUAAAAAGAGCAGGAAGGAAUCUAGUGAUUCAAGUAGUGAAGAUUCUGAUGAUGAAACAUUUCAAGGAGAAGAUCUCUGGAUUGAGAGAUCAAAAAAUACAGAAGCUGAUAGCCUCAUUGGCCCAGAAGCUCCUAAAACACAUGCGUCCCAAGAUGACAGACCUCUUAACUAUGGACAUGCCCUGCUGCCUGGUGAAGGCGCAGCAAUGGCAGAGUAUGUAAAAGCAGGGAAACGUAUACCCCGGAGAGGUGAAAUCGGUUUGACCAGUGAAGAGAUUGCAUCGUUUGAGAGCUCUGGCUAUGUAAUGAGCGGUAGCAGACAUCGCCGAAUGGAAGCUGUGCGUCUGCGUAAAGAGAACCAGAUUUACAGCGCAGAUGAGAAGAGAGCUCUGGCAUCCUUCAACCAGGAGGAGAGAAGGAAACGAGAGAAUAAGAUCCUUGCCAGCUUUCGAGAGAUGGUCUAUAGGAAGACUAAGGGCAAAGAAGACAAAUAAUUAUUUUUUGAACUAUACAGCUUGGAUUCUAGCAAGGAGCAGCUAACCUGUUCCAGUCGUGAUUUGAAAACAGCUGCAAGUGCUGCAGUGCCUUUCACCCAAUGGGGCC